AUGAGGAGCAUGAAAGCCCUCCUCCUGUUCUUCCUCAGAGCCCUUGCUCUCCAUCGAACCGUCUGUUGGAGCUUCGAUGCCGAACAUGAAGCCGAUUUGCACUUGUGGGCCAGGCGUCAUGCGUUCCCAGACAAAGUCACGACGUUGAAGCAGGAGGUUCUGUUGAUCGGAGAUGGCCAGCAGAUGCGGUUCUGGCCUCUGUGGGGGUUUUAUCAAUAUCUCUCAAGGGCCUCCUCCUCUUUCACCCCUUCGGUGAGAUUGAUUACUUCCUCCACCCCGGGUUUCCGCUUUGGGAUGAUGUGGGAAGAGAUGGUUUACACCCUGUCCCGCUCAAGGCACCCGGUCUUGUACUUUCUUGUCAGCCCUGGUGAUCGUCCGCUACCAGUGAUUGGGCUCCGGCAUUAUCCAGGCAUCAAGAUCCUGGACGUGGAGGACAUGGAGGGUCAGAGGAGGCUGGAGGACUUGAUAGUCGGAAAUAAGAUCGAUUUUGUGACAUUCAGGUACUUCAACGACGAGUUGGUCCAUCUACAGGCUCUCUGCAAAGAGACGACCUUCCAUCACAUGCCGUUCUUCCUGAAUCCGUCGCACUUCUAUCGCGGUGCUGGGUCGGGAGGAGAAUGGAUGAGGAACAGGGACAUCGAUGUGCUGGUGUAUGGGAACACAUGGUCGCACAGAUACCCUCUGAGGCAUCGAGCUCUGAGAGCAUUGACCACGAUCAAGCAUGGCAUGUCGUUCGAGGUGAUCGCGCAUCCCGGGUAUCAUCUCGAUCGCCGCAAGGCCGAUGUCCACCAGCUCUUGUGCAGCGAUAUUGGCCCCGAGUUCUGGAACCUCUCGAGAGUGGAUGCGCGUGAUCUGAGGUGCUGCAAGGGCAGCAGAUGCAUGCCCGAUGACUGUGCACGAGUCUCCUGGAGGGUUAUGCAAGGCCCGCUAUCAAGCUGCGACGAUGUGAAGACCUGUCCGUUGCCAGCGGCUGUGGAGGCCAUGAACGCGCUGAAGACGUGUCUACCUGUCAUCCGGGGCAAGCAGCUGGGGGACAAGCUGAGGAGGGCAAAGAUUGUGAUCACAUGCUCAAUCCAAGGAUCGACAGACCAUGGCUUCCACGUCUCUCACUCAUACCUCGUUGCCAAGUAUCAUGAGAUCGGGCUUUGCGGGGCGGUGAUAGCAGGCGACAUUCCUCUCUCUGGACAUGGUUCAGGGCUGCAGGGCAGGAUGAUACAUCUUGAUCCCGAGAUGAGCGACCAGGAGAUCGUCUUGGCUCUGUCUGAAGCUGUCUCGGAUAGCCGUGAGAUGGUGCGAUUGGCAAACUCGUCGUUCGAGUACUUCCAGUGGAACACGUAUGCGAGGGGAACGAUUUACUGGACGAGUAUGAUACAGUCCAUGCUCUCUCGAAACUUCACUUCUCCUUCGCUGCUAGGCUCUGGUCUUGCAGAGACUGAGAGGCUGGGAUUGAAGGAUGGGAAAGAAUAUUCAAGGUUGAGGUUCAACGAGAGAUGGCAGCAUGUUAUCCCAAGUGACCCAACGUACUUCCCUAACGAAGAAUGUCUCCGAGCAUUCUUUGAAGAGAUCAUAAUCAAGCGCUCCAAGUCUGGGGUUGCCAAGAAGUCGAAGUUGGUGGAUGUUGGAGCAGGAAUGGGGACCGAAAGUUUGAUCGCUGCAAUGCACGGAUGGGAUGUAAUUGCCAUCGAGGCUCUGAAGGACAAUGUUGCUGUCUUGCAAGAAGGCGCGAGGUCAAACAAUGUCGAGGACAGAAUUUGUGUCCUUCAUGCAGCAGCGUAUGAUUGUACAGGCAGAGAGAAGCUGUACAAGUCAUCCGUUGAACUGCAAGACAUGGGGCAAACUUCAGCUUGUCAGAUGCACAACCUACAUCUUCCGCCUUCAUCGUUCACGAGUGCAGCCUUCACGUCGUCACGAGAUUCACUACAAGGUUUCCUCCUGAACAGGAGUACCAAGGUUGCAAACGAGGAUGACAUGAGACGAUGGAGUAGAGGUGCCGAUGGAACCUUUCGGUUGUGUGGAGAUGAGAGUUCAACUAUCUGUUCCUCACUGUCCCCUCUCAGUCUGCAGGCUGCUGAAACCAUCGCCACCGAGCUUGUCAAAGUUGUUUGCCUUGACAACUUCCUCAACGUAGAAGAGGCCGUGGACGUGAUGCUGAUUCAGGAUUUCCAGGAGAAUGACAAGGUGGUUGUCGGGAGCGCAAAGUUGUUGUCGUCCGGACUUGUCCACCUCGUCAUCUUUGACAACAGGAGGAGGGAGCGGAGGAAUUUCAUCCAUGAGAUGCUCAUGAUGGAUUUCUGUGUUGUCUCUCUGAUUGAUGUAUCUGACAAGUGCGAUGUCGUCGAGUUGGAUGUUUGCCUGGACUUGCAAGGAGACUUGAAGACUGAGCAGCACGAUUGGAUCGUCUUCAAACACGUAGCUGCACCCUUGCAAGGCGAAGCAACACGUUCGCCAGCAGGUGCUGUUUUCACCAUCUCGGAAACCAAGUUGCAGGCCUUCGCUAAGUUGCAGACGAGCAUGUUCGAUCCGCUGAAUCGGCAGGUCGACAGGAAGUUUCUCGUCCUCAGGUCCGGCCAUGGCAUCGCAAACACGAUGCUCGAAGAGGUCUCUGCCCUCCUCCUCUCCCUCGCCUCCGGCAGAGCUCUUGUAGUAUCCUACGACUCUGACAUCUUCGGGCUCCAGAGGCCCAGCGACUGUUUCAACCGCCCUUUCCCCAUGAGCCUGGAGGAGAUUCAGAGCCUGCAGGAGGUCGCGGGGCUCAGUGGAAGGGCAGAGGAGCUGAGUGGCGACACAGCACGAGGGUACGCUAGGUACCACGAGCUCGCAGCCUGUGGCAACUUCAACGUCUCCCUCAAGGGGCCCUGGGCAGCGCUGCAGCACCUGUACAGCUUCCCCGCGCUGUUUCUCAAUCCGAGCGUGACGGGGCUGCUUCACCUGGAGGAGGAGGAGGAGGAGAUGGAUGUAUUCCAGCGGCUGCAUGCUUUCUUGCAUCGGCCGGCACAAUCGAUCCUGAGGGAGGCCGAGCGGCUCUGGCAGACCUCGUUGGGCUCGGCUGCAUGCUCGGUAGGCGUCCAGUUCCGGUGGCACCACCUCUCCGAGCACCACGGGGGAAGGAGCAACAAGACUCACCUGCUCCUCGUCUCUCGGAUGUUCCUGGAGGCAGCGGUAGCCAGCUGCCAGCGCUACUUCUCCUCGCCCUCCCGGCCUCUUAACGAGAGAUCCAUUGCCAUCUGGAUCGCCUCCGACUAUUCUUUCGUGUACGACGUCUUCAGAGACUCUGCCAGGUCCAUCAGCCAAAACUCCAUCACUGUCCACCACCUAGAUAAGGACGACACCCGCAUCCAUGGAAGGCCUGACGACGUCGGGGAUCUCAGCGGGGAUCAUGACGACCAUGAGGCCUCGCUCCUCGACCUCGAAAUGCUGUCCAGCUGUCGCUUCCUCGUCUGCACUCGCCUGAGCACCUUCGGGUAUGUCGCCUACGCCAGGAGGUCCAACGUCAACGGGAGGAGCCACAGCCAGUACAUGCUGUGCGAUGCGGAGGGGAGAGGAUGCAGGGAGGUCGUUGGGCGGAUGGCUGGGCUCGUUGCCGGAGAGCCUCUGCAUCAAGACUGGCCAUGGACAGAGCAGAAGCUGAAGCAGGUCUCAUGCUACAACAAGUCUGAGGGAGUCUUCACCUUCCUGAAGCGCAGCAUCUUCAAAGCUGUUUAG